CGAAUGCAUCGCCGUAAAAGUAGCAGCGCAUUGUGAAGCUAGUUUUGUGUUAUUUCCAGAAAAUCAUGAGUGAUGCCGAACAAAGCGAAGAUGGACAAGUGAUGAGUGGCGUAGAGCUUAGCCCUUCCGACGACGAGGAAACGACGGAUUCGCUAGACAUCAAACCACCGCAGGCGAGCAGCGCCUACUAUGGUAUGAGCAAGCGCAAGGAUAAGAAAGGAAAGGACCGGCGACACGCGAAGGAUCAACAGCACCAUCGACAUCACAUGAUGACGGAACGGGAAAGUGACCGCGAUCGGGAGCGUGGUGACCGCCGUGGUGAUAGAGGCAGCAAUCGUAUGGAACGGGAGCAAUACUACCGCGAACGAGAACGUGACCAUCAGGCAAGUGGGCGUGAGCAGCAUCGACACUCUGGUCAGGGUUCGUCGUCACGUACCGGCGGUAGCAGUGGAAGGGAUCGAAGUGGCAGCAGCCGAGAUGCCAGCAAUCGGGACAAACAUCAUUCUUCCAGGUACGAAAUGAAUCCAUUCUACGGAGAGUUGCGUGAAACGUAUCACAGCAAGCGGGAACGCGAUCGUGAUCGUGAACGGGAACACCGUGGCGAACGGUCCGAUCGUGACAGGGAACGGGAACGUGAGUACAGUGAAAAGCAACGACGGGCGGCGGAGGAAAAAGCAACCGAUCCGGAGAAAAUUAUGGAAGAUUUACGAACCCGUCUGUUGCACAAGAAGAACCGACGCGAUUCCAAGCGAGGCGAUGGUCGAGAGCGGGAACAUCGCGAGAUGCAUCAGGAGCAUGCGGAGAUGCAUCCGGAAGAGGCGGAAUAUUACGCCGAGAAGCGAGAUCAUCGCCGGCGGGAACAGCAUCCGCACCGUAGGCACCGUGAGGAAGAUGAGGGAAAUGAUGUGCGCGAACGGGAACGAGACCGGCCACGACAUCAUGGUGAUCGCAGACGUACUGCAGAGGUGGUGGAGAUUCUCGAGAGUCCAGAGCACCAUCAUUAUCAGCAUCAUCACCACAGUCAUCCGGCUCAGCAACCGCCAAAUGUACCCCGGACGGCGGAAGAAAAAGAACAAGACGAACGACGUGCGAAACUGCUGGAAGCUGACCGUGAAAUGCUUCGCAGAAAGGAACUGGCGCGUGAAGAGCUGGAAGCGCGACGAUUGCGCAAGGAAGAGGAACGUGGCAGGGGAAGUGAAUCCGAAUCACACUCGGACGAGGAAGAGUCCGAUGAGGAUGAGGAUGAUGAUGGGGAAAUGGACGAGGAAGAACAUCCGUACGAGGACGAUGAUGUCGAGAUGGUGCCGGGUGACGAGCGUGCGGAAGAGAGAAGGACAAGCGAUAAGAGAGGCGUUAAGCGAAGAAUCGAUCGAGGACGGGAGCGAACACGGCACCGAAAUCGUGGACGUGGAUCUUCACAUUCGCCAACGAGCUCAUCACACGUUUCUGUAGAUUCUGAGGCUCGCGAAGAGGACGAAGAACAUCCACCAGAGAGUCCUCUAUCGGUGGGCGAUCUUGCAAAAUCGGAUCGGCGUAAUUCGGAUUCCUACCGUGACAGCCAGUCACGCUCACAAACUCACUCACGCGAUGGUUCGGAAUCUGGAUCACGGAGUCGUUCUAGAAGUCCGCGUAGAAAUCGCCGUCACGAAGGACACGAUAGUCGCAGUUCGGGAAGUAGUCGUAGCCUUUCGAGAGAGCCAGACACGAAGAAGCAUCCCGGCGAAGGUGAUGAUAAUGGUAACGAGGAGCGAAAAGCGACCGGCGAAGGGGAGAAAGCUACCGCCGAUGUGACGCAGGAAGUUGAGGUUAAGGACACACUACCUCCAUACUUUCCCGGCAUACAAGGUUGCCGAUCGGUGGAAGAAUUCCUCUGCCUUAACCGCAUCGAGGAGGGCACGUACGGGGUGGUAUAUCGGGCAAGGGACAAACGCACGGAGGAGAUAGUGGCCCUGAAGCGGCUGAAGAUGGAGAAAGAAAAGGAAGGCUUCCCGAUCACAUCGCUGAGGGAAAUUAACACCCUGCUGAAGGGACAGCACCCGAACAUUGUAACCGUGCGCGAAAUCGUGGUCGGCAGCAACAUGGACAAAAUCUUCAUCGUGAUGGAUUACGUUGAGCACGAUCUGAAAUCGCUCAUGGAAACGAUGAAACACAAGAAGCAGGUAUUCCUUCCGGGCGAGGUAAAGUGUCUCACCCAACAAUUGCUCCGUGCCGUAGCCCAUCUGCACGACAACUGGAUACUGCACCGGGAUCUGAAAACCUCCAACCUACUGCUUUCGCACAAAGGCAUCCUGAAGGUGGGUGAUUUUGGGCUCGCCCGUGAGUACGGAUCACCGCUCAAACCGUACACCUCGAUCGUGGUAACGCUCUGGUACCGUGCACCGGAGCUGCUGCUCUGCUGCAAAGAAUAUUCCACACCCAUCGAUAUCUGGUCCGUGGGUUGCAUCUUUGCCGAGUUCCUUUCGAUGGCGGCCCUCUUCCCGGGCAAAACCGAGAUCGAUCAGCUGAACCGCAUCUUUAAGGAUCUGGGCACACCGAACGAAAAAAUAUGGCCCGGUUACAACGAACUGCCGGCGGUACAGAAAAUGACAUUCACCGAGUAUCCGGUGUCGAACUUGCGCAAAAAGUUCUCCCACCUUACCAGCGAGCUGGGCAUAUCGCUGCUGCAGGGGUUGCUUACGUUCGAUCCGAAACAGCGCCUAACGGCUGAGGUUGCGCUGCAGCACAACUACUUCAAGGAGCUACCGCUACCGAUCGAUCCGGCAAUGUUUCCAACCUGGCCGGCGAAGAGUGAACUCGGCUUGAAGAAGGCACUCGCUUCCAGCCCCAAACCACCGAGCGGUGGAGGAGAGUUUAAGAAGCUGGGCGAUGAUGCAGUGCCAGAUAAUGCCGGGUUUCAUCUCGGCGGUACAACGUACGCCGAAUCGCGACAGCUUGCCAUGGGACCCGGGUUCAGUUUAAAGUUCUGAGGGCACGAGCUGUCAUCCGGGUUUGGGUUGAAGUAGCGUGACGCUACUUGUACCGAGCACGGUUGACUGUUAUGAGUUUGGUUUUUCAUCCGUUUCUUCAACGUAAAUAGUGCAUGUAUAGAUUGGAACAGGUAAAUUAGGCUGUAGACUUUAUUGUAAGCGUUUAAUCGAUAUGAAAUAAAGGUAAAAUUUGUCAUAUAGGUAUUAGAAUAAAACGAGCAACCAGUCAUUCUCCUGAAUAAGGAAUCUUUUCCACUCGAAACAUUUAUCGCGAAGGUUGAAAUUAUUCUUGAAAUUAUUGAAAUACGGUGGACGUUUCAGUUCAUAUGUCAGUAGCGUAGCACGGGAUGAUUCUGUCUGCUUUUAGGCUUUUUUACAACAACUUUUAGGCCCUCAAUACGGAUAGAACAGUGACACGAGGUUUCCGAUUAUCGAGAGGACUAUGCAGCACGUCGUUUAAAAAAUAAAUAUACAAAUUAAUUCGACAUUGUCAUAUGAUGGCACACAGCCAUGAGCGGUUCAGAGAACUCCCACAGUAAGCCAUAAACUUUUUAUUACGGCUCUCUCUAUAAAAAAGAAUUCCUACAAACAUGUAUUACGAAAAGAAUUUUCCUACAUCCCCUAUAUUCGUUCUACAAAAAGGUAACAAAAAAGAAUAAAUAAUAGAUUGUGAAGCAAAAAUUUAUGAAUGAAAUUUUAAUCACCUUCCACCGGGCACGUCUUGGUGUACACCAUUUUCUCACGCAGAUUACGGCUUCUUAGCUGAUAAUAAAAAUAACGAUUUUAAAGCAGAUAAAAAAAACCGGACCUCUGCCCAUGGCAAUGAAAGUGAAUAAUAAGCAAAUGAAAAAAAAACUAUGCUAUUUUUUAUCAGGAGGGGAACGUACAAGGUGCAAUCAACCACGCAGAAAGAAGUAAACCGGUUUCGUAAGCAUUUUACGAUUACGUUACCACCCGUAACCCGGCGAUGAUACAUCCACUGUUGGGCUUCAUUCAUGCCAACGUUGUCCAUUUUAUCAGUCUCGCAAGAAGGUUAUCUCGGCCGGCGGUCUCAUUGUGGCGGAACAGGUGGUCAAUUUCUUGACGAUGGGAAGGUUAUCAAAGAAAUGGUUCAGAAAUUCGAACAAUUGAAGGGACACCAUUUACGGUUAAUUAUCAGAAUGAGUAAUUAUGUUGCGUUACUUUCUAGCCGUAGGUCUCCCGUACUAAUUGCCAUAUUGUUCUUUUGAUUCGAAUCUUGAAAGUAUCAUGACACAUUUUAAUUAUAUGCAAUAAGUUACUUGUGAGUGGCAGUGAGGUUGUUGAAAAGCAGGGGCAAAAGCGGUAGUACGUACUAAUUGAGCUGUUUGGACACUUACUUGGCUCGAAGUGCCUUUCGGUUGAGAACAGUUACACAGCGCGGCACAUGUGCUAAUGACAAAAUUGACCCACACAUAAUGAAGCGGCCGCUGUUGUAUUUGCGUAUUCCAAUGGAAUGCAAAUAAGCGCGCGUGCCGAACGAACGAACCAAGCGAAACGCUACUGGCCUUGCAAUCUAAUAUGAUAAUAAAAUAAACAAAUCGAAGAUAUUGCGGAUCGAUACGGAAGAAAUGAUACUUUUCUUUCCUCUCUAGACAAGGUGCUUGAACUUCCGGAACUCUCUUCCUCUCUCUCGGGAGCCAAAUUUGAUAAUGCUUAUCGGGUGGGAAUGUGGUUAUCAACGGAAACGUGACCAACAACACACUGGUUUCUUAUCACGGCCAGAAGUAUGCUGGGAAAUUAUACAAAUUUCACAAUUCGAAUGGAUUGUUUCGUCUAGUUAGUGAUGCAAUGGCGCUAUUAUUAAAAAGCAAUAAUUUAACACAUUAGGAAGAAAAACGAAUACAACAAUUUCGGAGCAAAUGAUUAAAAGAAACGAACAACAGGAAUGUUCUACAAAAAAAUCAAUACUUUAUUAUUCCAUUUUAUUGCUCUCAGCUCAUGGGAUGGGGGGG